AGACGGCGCGGUCGAGCCGAGCGGCGGUGCAUGAAGCUACAGGAGGCGGCGCGUUGCCCUUUAUUGUCCUUACAGAAAGCCCUGAAAGGCUUCAUGCACCGUUUCCCCCCCACACACAUUUGUCUUAAUGGCGAAUACCGCGAAGAGCUUGCGUCCUUCCUUGAGAGUGGAACGCUUUUGAAGCGAGGGUGACGGAUUCCCAGUCUGGGCUGCAAACAGCGGCUACGACUGACGGACCAUCCCGCAGAGAACUGGACUGGAAGCAGAUCGAGAGCAGGGAGCGUCGCCAUGGUCGAACCAGCAGACAGGCCAUCUGCAGCCGGCCAGAGACUGGGCGCCGCCGAAAGCUUCGGGGUGUCCACCCUUGAGCCUGGCAUGCGUCCUCCUGUGCAACCACCAGGGCGAAAAGUCUCCAUCAGGGUGCAGAUGCUGGAUGACACGCAGGAAGUCUUCCAUAUAUCGCAACGCUCCCCUGGCAAAGUGCUGUUUGACCUUAUUUGCGUACAUCUCAACCUGGUGGAGGGAGAUUAUUUCGGGCUGGAGUACCAAGACCAACGCAAGAUGACAGUGUGGCUGGACCUGCUGAAGCCGACGCUGAAGCAGAUUCGACGGCCGAAGAACACCAUCCUUCGUUUUGUGGUGAAGUUCUUCCCUCCUGACCACACGCAACUCAUGGAGGAGCUGACUCAGUAUCUGUUUGCCCUGCAGAUCAAGCGCGACCUGGCCUGUGGUAAUCUUAUCUGUAACGACACCAGCGCCGCCCUAAUGGUCUCCCACAUCAUCCAGUCGGAGAUAGGAGACUUUGACGAGACCCAGAGCUGGCAGCACCUCCUCCACAAUAAGUACCUGCCCGACCAGGAUGCCAUCAGGGACAAGAUCACCGACUGCCACCGCAAGCAUGUGGGACAGACCCCCGCAGAGUCAGACUACCAGCUUCUGGAAAUCGCCCGGCGACUAGAGAUGUACGGCGUUCGUCAGCACCCGGCAAAAGACCGCGAGGGUACCAAACUGAGCCUGGCGGUGGCACACACUGGAGUUCUAGUGUUCCAGGGCUACACAAAAAUAAAUGCCUUUAACUGGUCCAAGAUUCGUAAACUAAGCUUCAAGCGCAAACGGUUUCUGAUCAAGCUGAGAGCUGAUCCCACUCAAAAUGACCACCAUGACACGCUGGAGUUCGCCAUGGCCAGCAGGGACUGCUGCAAGAUCUUCUGGAAGAUCUGUGUCGAGUAUCAUGCAUUUUUCAGGCUCUUUGAGGAGCCUAAGGCUAGACCCAAGCCCAUCCUCUUUACCAGAGGGUCUUCAUUCCGCUUUAGUGGACGAACCCAGAAGCAGAUCAUUGAUUAUGUAAAAGACUCCGAUCCAAAGAAAGUUCCGUUUGAAAGGAAGCACAGUAAGAUUGUCUCCAGUAGCAGCUUGCCCCAUCAGUCAUCUUCUUUCAGAUUGCAAGCGCCAAAGGAGAGCGGCAUGUCUAUGCCCAUAGAAGAUCGACCUGACUCCUCUAGACAAGUGGACUUGAACAGCACUCAAGAGUUGCCAGGGGCAACAUCCACCACCAACGGCUUCCGCGAUAUACCUGCCGGUCCUGGCUUAGAUGCAAGACAGAACCACAACGGUGCGGGCUCUGUGCCGAACCAGCAGUUUCUCAUCCCAGGAAGUCCUGCAGCGGAGGCUUCACCGCUGCACUCGGCGGUGAACGGAGCAGUCAAUGGCACCGUUGUUGGUGUGGUGGCCCCGAGUCAGCUCUCGCCACUCACCAGCCCACUGCUCGCCGACGCCGGAUAUGUUCGUAACGACGAGGAAGAAGAGGCCAGGAGGAAGAAGUUUCCCACAGACAAGGCCUACUUCAUCGCUAAGGAGCUGUUGACCACCGAGCGGACUUACCUCAAAGACCUGCAGGUCAUCACUGAGGUGUUCCAGAGUGUGGCGGAAAAAGACGAAGAAGCAUUCCCGGCCUCUGUCAGGACCCUAAUAUCGUCCAACUACGAUCCAGUCCACAAGUUCCACCAGGAGUUCCUGAAGGAGGUGGAGCAGAGACUGGCCCAGUGGGAGAGUCGAUCCAAUGCACACAUUAAAGGAGACUAUCAAAGAAUCGGUGACGUUCUGCUGAAGAACAUUCACGGUCUAAGGCAGCUGACGGCUCAUCUGCAGAAACAUUCCGAGUGCCUGGUGGAACUGGAACGAGUCUGUCGGUCGAGUCGCAAGGCGGAGACUUUGUGUCGAGAGCUGGAACAGCAAAGAGUGUGCUACCUCCCCCUCUACAUGUUCCUCCUGCGGCCGCUCCACCGCCUGCUGCACUACAAACUCAUCCUGGAAAGGCUCUGCAAACACUACCCGCCCACUCAUGAGGACUUCAGGGACUCCAGAGCUGCACUGGCGGACAUCACAGAGAUGGUGCUGCAGCUGCAAGGCACGAUGAUGAAGAUGGAGAACUUUCAGAAGCUUCUGGAGCUAAAGAAGGACCUAACAGGCAUUGACAACCUGGCCAUCCCUGGAAGGGAGUUCAUCAGGCUCGGAUGCCUCAGCAAGCUCUCCGGGAAAGGCCUGCAGCAGAGAAUGUUCUUCCUGUUCAGCGAUUCCUUGGUGUACACAAGUCGGGGGAUGACACCGUCCAACCAGUUCAAAGUCCACGGCCAGCUUCCCCUCUAUGGCAUGACGAUUAGAGAAAGUGAAGAAGAGUGGGGCGUCCCUCAUUCCUUCACGCUGUUUGGACAGCGGCAGUCAAUGGUGGUGGCAGCCAGCUGUGCAGCCGAGAUGGAGCAGUGGCUGGAGGACAUCAGGAUGGCGAUUGACCUGGCAGAGCAGACCAACGAGCCUCACAUGGACCUGCUGUCUACCAGCCCCUCUGAGAACAAGCUGCUGGAGGAUAUCGGGGCCGAGCACGAGUCAGAGGAGGAGCAGUGCGGCUCGCGUUCGUCUCUGGAGCGCCAAGCUCAACGUGGUAACACCACAGUGCACGUCUGCUGGCAUCGCAACACCAGCGUCUCCAUGGUGGACUUCAGUAUUGCAGUGGAGAACCAGCUGUCAGGAAACCUGCUGAGGAAGUUCAAGAACAGUAAUGGCUGGCAGAAACUCUGGGUGGUCUUCACCAACUUCAGCCUCUUUUUCUACAAGUCACACCAGGACGACUACCCUCUGGCCAGCCUUCCUUUGCUGGGCUACUCUGUCACCAUCCCAUCUGAGUGCGAAAACAUCCACAAAGACUACGUCUUCAAACUCCACUUCAAGUCCCACGUCUACUACUUCAGAUCGGAGAGCGAGUACACGUUCGAAAGGUGGAUGGAGGUAAUCCGCAGCGCCACCUGCUCGGCCAGCCGCACCCUGCCAAGCUCCAGGAAAGACCUUUAUUGAUGGAGAUUGGCUUGGGUGAAGCUUCCCACCAAAGAGACUAAAAAUAGACACCAGAUCAUGACACAUUGCUGGUGUUUAGUUGAACACUAUUUAAUAUGUGAAUAGUCCACACACACACACACACACACACACACACAUACACACACACACACACACACACACACACACACACA